CAGCUGUCAAGUUAAGUCAUCCAUCCAUCCCGUGCUGUCAAUUUUUUUCAAUAGGAUUUCAUAAAAAUAAAUGAAAACAUAGAUAAAUUUAAACCAUACACGCCGAAAGUGUGACUCAAUUGCGCAAUUAGCAAAUAAGCUAGAUGUGUAAAAGCGCGAUGUUAAGAACAGCUUAUAGGACUCGAAGUGUAUGCUAUUGAAUUGUGUCAGUGAUUUUGGGAUAGAAAGUGACCUGAGAGUAGGAGUGCAGUGCAAAGGGGGUAGGAGCGAUCAUGCACGAUGUUGGAGGGGCUGGUGGCUUGGGUCUUGAACAAUUACUUGGGGAAGUAUGUAGAGAAUCUCAAUACAGAUCAGCUCAGUGUCGCGCUGCUCUCAGGGAAGGUAGAACUCGAGAACCUCCCCCUUAAGAAGGAUGCCCUCCGCCACCUGGGGCUGCCGGUGGAGGUCCGAGCGGGCUUCAUCGGCAAGGUGCAACUGCAGGUUCCAGUGCGACAGAUCCGCUCUGCGCCAUGGCUGAUUGCUAUCGAAAAGCUGUACCUUGUUGCUGCUCCGGUCAACUUGGAUGAAUGGGACAGCGCAACCGAAGCACAUUAUGCGCACGAGCGCAAGGUGGCGCUUCUGGACGCGCUGGAGGCGCAAUGGCGCGCGGCGCAAGAAGCCAUGGCGGCAGACGCGUCGUACUAUGCGGCGUCUUAUUCAUCGUGGCUUAGCUACGGCACUGGUUUUCUGGCCAACAUCGUGGAGAACCUGCAGUUGAAGCUCCACGACGUGCACAUCCGCUACGAAGAUGUGGUCACCUGCUCCCCCCACGCCUUCGCCUGCGGCCUCACCGCCGCCGCCCUCUCGGCUGAAUCCUGCGACGCGGGCUGGAAGCGAGGCUUCACAUUACUACCGGCCACGGGCGAUGGCUGUUCGUUCAAGCUGCUGGAGCUGCAGCGGUUGGCGGUGUACUGGGACGUCAUGCCGCCGAACGAGAUGAUGGCGGACUGCUCCAUGAGUGAGCUCACGGAACGCAUGUCCCAAACCUGGCUCGGCACGCACCAGUGGCUGCUGGCGCCGGCGACGGCCACAGCGCGCGUGCGCCGCGAGCGGACCGAGCAGCCGCUGCGCUCGCGCACGCGGCCCAGGCUCACCGCGCACCUCACGCUCGACACCGUGCUGCUCAACCUGACACAGAGGCAGUACAGCGAAGCGGUGGGCUGCUCCCUCGGCCUGGAGCGUGUAGCGCGCCUGCGCGAGUUCCGCGCCCUCCGCCCCGCCGUCCCCGUGCGGCAGGGGGCGCGCCUCUGGUGGCUGUACGCGCUGCGGUGCCACUACCCCGAGCACACCUGGAUGGAGCCAGCGCCGACGUGGGGGUCAUGCUUAGCGCAAGCGCGAGCAGCGCGGCAAUACGUGGAAAUCUGUCUCAGUUUGCUAUCCAACCCCGCCGCCACCCUACCGCCAGAUAAAAAGGCGGCGAAAGAUGAGUUCGAGUGGAAGACCCCUCUGCAUUUACUCAAGCCGCUGAGAGAGAUUGCAAUGCGGAAAGUCCCCCGCGCGACCCCAGUGACCACCCCCUCGCAGCCCGGCGCCCCGGGUCGCUCCAUGCUGGUGCAAUGGUUCCCGCAGUGGUGGGGCUGGUACAGCGCCGCGGGGCCCGCCCUGGCGCCCGGCGGCCAAGCUGGCGCCCCGCCGGGGCCCGCCCUGGCGCCCGGCGCCCAAGCUGGCGCCCCGCCGGGGCCCCAAACACCCGCCCCGCCAGACUUAGAGGAGGAGAUAUUGGACGUAAUCGCCGACUCGCUGGAUAAUAACACGAUGUUGAAGAGGGAUACCGUGUUUGGCAAGUUUGAGUUCGUGCUGAAUAAGGGGUGCUUGAAUUUGUGUAUGGAAUCGGAGGCGGAAAACGAGGAGCCCUCGUCGCCCGGUUCAGAAGCGGCCGUGGGGCUCGAACUGCAGUUCAGCGCCGUCGCCGUGGGCCUCGAGUCCCGCGUGCGCGCCGGCUCUCACGCGCUGCACGUGUCCCUGGGCGGAGUGUCGCUCCGGGAACGCAUCACGCCGGGGUCUCUGUUCCCCGUGCUGGUGGCGCCGGCGCCGCUCGGUACGAGAAGCAGUCUCGGCAGACAGACGGAACAGGAGCCGCUCUUCCAGCUGCUGUAUGAGAAGAGGCCGUUUGGAUUGAAUACGGAUUAUAAGUUGUGGGUGAAGUCAGCGCCGCUGGAGGUGGUGUACUGCGCGGCGGCGGCGCGCUGGGCGCAGCAGUUCCUGGCCGGGCCGUGGGGCUCCGCGCGGCCCUACGUGGCCGUGCGCGACCACACGCGCGCCAAGCUCAUCACGCAGUGGGAGCACAUGCUGCAUCCCAGUGUGGGCGAGCGAAGGUCCUGGCAAGUGGAAUUAGACAUCUCAGCACCUCAGAUCUUAUUCGUCGAAGCACUGACUGAUCGAGACUCGUCGGUGCUCGUGCUGGACUUCGGUCGGCUUCGGCUGGCGAACGCGGACGCGAUGGACCCUGUGCCGGAUAGCG